AUGUUGUGGCCCAAGUUAGUUUGUUUUGCAUUGGUUGGUUUGGCCUUUGGCCAGCUUUAUCAGGUGGCCAGCGAGGAGACCAUCUCGGCGUGUCCCACCAACUUCACCCAGGUGGCCGACAAGUGUCUCCUGGUAGAUGGCACUUGGAAGAACUUCUACGAGUCAGAUCGUCACUGUCGAUCACUCAGCGCCGGACUUCUGAGCAUUAAGAAUUCGAUUGAGCUGAAUGCUAUAAACGAAUGGUUGCCGGUUAUUGCACCCUAUCAACCGGAGUUCUGGACAUCCGGGAAUAAGCUGGGUCAGACCAGGAACGAUUACUACUGGCAGAGCACCGGAGAGCAGGCCCUCUAUCUUCCUUGGAAUGCCGGUCAGCCCACUCCUGCCAGCGGAGAUUGCCUCACUUUGCUGGCCAACGUCACCAUGACCCCUGAAGAAGCCUUCUUGAGCGCCCAUCGCCUGACCGUGAAGAAUUGCACCCAAUGGGCUCCCCACAUCUGCCAGGCUCCACUGCAAUUCUUCAAGACCCAGCUUUGCCUCAAUACUACUGCUUUCUUCGAGGCCAAGAUACCUGCCUAAGUCUAUAAAAACGAGCAACCCGUAGUUAUUGGAUGUUGUGGAAUGUUCUUGCUUAUAAUAAAUCAUUAUUAGAUCACUCUAAAAAUAUUACAUUUCAAAAUACUAUCUUAUCAUUCGAAAACUG